GUGCAUCCACCAGACGAAGGAGGAGUUGAAAGCGCAGCAGGUGGCAGCGCUGCCCGUCUUCGUGGCCCGGUCCUCGCGGAUGCUGGUGCUUUGGGACGACACCUACUUCGAGAGGCUCUGGUGCAACAUGGAGAUGGCGACUUUUGCGAAGUAUUCCGAGAGCCCGGAGAAAAUGGAGUUCCUUCCCUUGUGGCUGGCCCCUUGGCUGCUCUCCUCUAUGCUGCUGGAUCUACUGGGUGUGACACUCCUUCGACUAACGGAGACGUUUCUCACAUCGGAAGAGCAUGUCGAAGUGGCCAUCAAGUAUGGUGAGAUGCUCUUUGGUGAGUCCUACGAGGUUAGUGUCUUCUGCCAUAGCUUCCUCGAGGUGUUUCCCGACUUCGUGUGUUAUCUUCCUGUCGCAUUGCCUACGCUGCUUUCCUUCCGGAACAAGAUCCAAGCACAUAAGCUGAUGCUGGAGCAGAUGGCAACGUUUGAGUUUCGAAACGCGAAGUGCUCUGUGGAAGCCGACCGACCACUCGUGGAAGAGCAG